UAUGUCAAUAAACUAUCAUCAGAUCGUUGCCUAUGGGGGUUAUCUUUUUCUAUGGGCCGAGAAGAAAGGCUAUCUACGCUUUUCAUUCAGAAAAAAAAGGUCUAAAUCUCAGUUAAAGGCCCAGUUAUUGUCUUAAUGUAGGGCCCGCUCAAAAGCUGGAAAUCUCCUCAACAAAUUAAAAAAAAAUUAAAGAAAAUAUGUAAAAUGAACAAAGAAAUCUACAAAGAUUAAAACAAAAAUAAAUAAAUAAAAAUAUAGUUGGUUUUGUGAGAGCAUAAAAAGGGCUCAGCUCUCAUGUAGAACGAGACUAAAACUGGUAGAUGGAACCAGACGAUCCUUUUGAUUGGAUAACGGACAUCUGCCAGGUGUCAUCCUCUGAGGAGUCCCGCUUACGUCUCUGCUCUUAUUUCGGCAUGUCGGAUUCUGAUAAGUCAGACUCCGACUCCGGCUGGCGAAAUCCGCCUGAUAUCCCGGUCGCUACCACUGGCAUCGCAAUGGUGUCUCCUCCGGAAUCACCGCAGGACGAACUACUAAAUGUCCAAUAUACCCCUCCAGAAGACCGGGAAAUCUUCCACACCCCUCCUGAGUCCAGGUCCACCUCUACCUCCUUCCAUAACUGCUACGAUGACCGAAUGAUCGGCAAUGGUCUUGAUCUCGAUGGAGAAACUGUGGCCAUUGGUACUGAUAGUGCGGACAGCAGGAGGGCCGUUGAUUUGGAAAGGGAUACCGACCUAGGGUUUUCGGAAGUGGAAGUGGAUUCGGCGCAGAGGAUUGAAGCUAAUUCGAAUCCAGACGGCACGUUUCGAAGGGAAUCGGAAGAAAUUAGGGUUUGGAAAAGAGGAUUUUCCCCAAAAGGGCAAUUUUCAACUGAAUCUCCCUCUAAAAGGUUAAAAAGUUUGGAUUUUGAAUUACCAAAUGAACCUUUGGGCGCUCCAAAAGAGAGAUGCACCGAAGAAUUAUUGAAAUCGUUGAAGAAAUGGAACUUCAAGAAUGUUACUCCGUCUCCUGGAGCUAGUUCGGAAUUGGAGCUUCGAAAUCAGCGUAAUCAUGAAUCUACUGGUGAAGUUGGUGAAGGAAAUGUUAGGAAAAGAAGGCUUGAUUUCCGGACUGAGGAUAUCGAAAGUGAUACUGAAGAAAGAAACAUAGUGAGAGAAAAUGAAAAUGGUGAUGGAAAUUGUGAGAGAAACAAGAACAUUGUAGAGGAUAUUGAUCAGGUUAGAGACACGGUAGGGAAUGGUUUAAAUUCGCGUGGAAUGGUGGAGAAAACCGAGAGAAAACGGGCAUUGCCUUCAUGGGCUAAUAAUGAGAGAGAGGAUGAUGAUGAGAGUGUUGAUGAGGAAUUGGAGGUUAAUGAAGAGGAGUUGCUUUCAUGGGAUCAUGGGAGAAAGGUGGAUGAUGAGAGAGCCGUUGAAGAAUUGAAGGCUAAUGAAAAGGAGUUUUCUUCAUGGGCUAAUGGGAGAGUGGGGGAUGAUGAGAGAGCUGAUGAAGAAGUGGAGGCUAAUGAAACAGAUUUGCCUUCGUGGGCUAAUGGUAGGGUGAGGGAUAAUAAGAGAGCUGAUGAGGAACUUGAUGUUAAUGAAAGGGAGACGGUCGAUUUGGAUAUGGAUUCAGAUAGUUUGAGUGAGGAUUUUGUGGAAAUUACACUCUUGGAUGUGUUAGUAAAAUUGAAAGAGGAUUGUGAGGAGGAUAAGAGUCUAGAAUGUCUUAGUCUUUUGGAGGUUGCAGAGAGAAAAUGGGGUGCGUUUUCCUUGGACAAAUGAUAGGUCGCACGACAAGUGUUUCAUAUACAGUUCUUGUGUGUGAGCGCAUGCGCAUAUGCAUCAAUCCGG